GAAGAAAGAAAGAGAGAAGAGGAAGAUUUCAAAACACUACUCUCUAUAGUCACUUGAAUCGAAUCAAGAGAACAUAUAUAUAUAUAUAUAUAUAGUCACAACUGUAUAUAUAUAUACAGAUACAGAGAAAAAUUAUCUAUAUAACAUUGAAACCAUUAUAGAAAAGAUUUUGGGUGUGUGAGAAAUUUUGUAUGUGUAUAUAAGUAAUAAUAAAGAGAUUUAAAAAACGAAAAACCCUAAUUUUGAAAAACGAAAAUGAUGACAUGAGAGGAGUAUGGCUAGGGAACACGAAACGAGCGUGCAACCAUGGGGCACGUUAGAGGAGCUCUUGCUAGCGUGCGCGGUUAACCGGCACGGCACCAAGAGCUGGGACUCCAUCGCCAUGGAACUCGCCAACCGGAUAAACACUGGCGGCGGCGGCGGUAACGGCGGCGGUGGUGGUGGUACCGCCUCUGUUUAUCUCACUCCUGAUAACUGUAAAGACAGGUUUGAUGAGCUCAAACAACGCUUCAUGUCUCGAAACGACGAUGAACCGGCCAGCUUCGUUCCCAUGGUUGAUGAGCUGAAGAAGAUUCGUGUCGAGGAGCUCCGCCGCGAGGUUCGGCGACGCGAUGUUUCGAUCGUGUCGUUGGAGCUGAAGGUGAAGAGGUUGGAGGAGGAGAGGGAGCGGAGCUUGAAAGAGACGGAGGACGAUUCGCGGAAGAAUAUUGAAGAAGGUGAACGUAGAUUGAGCUCGCCGGGGAAUCGUGCCGGGAAAUCGAAUUCCGGCGACGCUUCCGAUUCUCGUGACCGAGAGAACCGAUCGUACAACGAGUCCAAUUCCACCACUCAAAAGCGUGACUCUCGACGAAACGGCAUCGUAAAAGGUGAAACGGAGCCCGAACCCGAGAGAAACGAAUUGGAUCCUCCACGAACUGAAUCCGAACCGGGUAAAGUAGUUGACGGUGACGAAAAUGAGACUAUGGCGCGAGAAGAUAACGCGAAGCAGAGCAGCGAUGUUCAGAGCUCCAUGAGCUUAUCAAAGAAUAAACGACGCCGUAAAGGAAGCGGCUCCGGCGGUGCCGCGGCCGCUGUAAGCAGCAGCGGCGAGGAGCCCGAGGGCGGUGACGAAGUUUCUCCCGCCACCAAACGAGUCUCGGCUCUCAAAUCUGAGCCGUUGGUCAAACUUCUCGGGACCAUCCGAUCUCACCGGCUCGGCUCUGUGUUCCAACGACGGCUUCGUAGCCAGGAAUCUCAAAGGUACAAAAACCUGAUUCGGCAACACCUGGACCUGCGGACGAUUGAGGCCAGGCUCGAUAAAGGGCUCUACUUGAAUGGUUUCCACAAGUUCUUCAGAGACCUUCUUCUCCUAUUCAACAACGCCGUCGUCUUCUUCCGGAAAAGUUCGCCGGAGUACGCCGCAGCUCAGGAGCUACGGGCUCUGGUUUUGAAAGAAACGAAUGCCAAGGUUGGAAAAGCUCGACCCUUUACGCCAAAACUCGAAAAAACCAAGCAAGAAUCCGAUCAUUCAGCUCCAGCUCCCAAAUCGAACAAGUCUUCAUCUAUUAUCGUAACUUGUGGGAAACGGAGUAAGUCGGUUUCCGAAGGUGUCAUCAUCAGCAAAAAAGGAGAAAAUAACAAAGAUAGAGCUGUGGUGGUGGAAGAAAAGCAAGAGAAGAAGAUCAAUAACAGUAGUAACAGCAGUUCUUUUGUUACGAUUGAUGAAAAGGGUGUCAAGAAAAAGAGGAGCCAGGAAAGGGGAGCCAGGAGAAACGAGCACGAGUUUGGAGGAAAUGAGCUCAGUUCGCACGACGCUUUGGAGGUUAAUAAGAAAGACAAUGCGAAGAAGAAGCAAGGCGUGGCUAACUUCUUGAAGAGAAUGAAGCAAAACUCAGAUAAUCAUAACAAUCAUAACAACAACAUCAUCAACAACAACAACAAUACCGAUGUUUCAGACGAUGAUAUUAUUAGUAGCGAAGAAGAAGAUAGUAAGGUAGAAAAGAAAGAGAAGACCAAGAAGAAGAUGAUGAAGAAGAAUGGUAGUGGUGGUGGUGGUAGGAAUAACAACAUUAAACCGGAUGAGAGACAAGAGAGGGUAACCCGAAAUUCUACUCGUACUAAGGACGAGGGUAGGAAGACGAGGAGAGGUGUUGGGAGGCCACCAAAGAAGCCAGAGAAGGCGUCGAAGACCACCACCACCACUACCGCCACGGCCGCCACGACCGGUGGUGGGAAUAAGAGAGGGAGGGACAAUAGUGAGCCGGACGUUGGGGUUGGUGGGAGGCUUAAGAAACGUUCUAGGAGAUGAGUAGUGGCAGUAGUGAGUAGUGAUCGAAUAGUGUUGUAUAAUGUACAUUAUUUAGUGUGUGUGCUCUAUGUUUUUUGGUCUCUUUAUUAUUUUGUUGCUAUAGGUUUUAGGUUCGGAUUCAGCGUGCGUGCGUGCGUGCGUCUUACCUUUUUUAUUUUUGACCUUUUUUCUAAGCCCAAAUCUAAGAAAGUUAAGGUUUGAAAAGGGAGGUAUAGAAGGGAGGUGGUGGUGGUGGGAGAAAGGGGAUCGAAUGUCUUAAACUUAUUAUAGAAUGUUUGUCACAACAAAUAUGCACAUACCCGUAGGAUUAACACAACGAGGGUCUUUUGAUUUUUUUUUUUCUGACAAAUCCCCUAAACAAAACAACCACAAGUACUUCACAGAAAUUGGAUUUUCUUUUGUUUUUAUUUACAUUAAAAGAAAAUAGUUAUAUAAUAAUAUGCACACAUGUUGCCUAGAUUAGUAGAUCCCACACCUGGGUCCUCUUCAUAACUUCUUUGAAAAAAAUCCAAAUAUAGGUGAAUUGUAUUAAUUGUUCUGGGUUUUAGAUAUUAUUGACUAGUUAAGUUAUCCUAUAUUUUUGGGGUAAUGGGGUCACUAGGUAUUCAUUUUUGUGGAUUUGGGUAAUAUCCUAAAUGUCUUUCGAAACUGUGCUUUCAUGAGAUUGUAGACUUGUCUUUUUUUGGUGUUAGCCACUUACUACUACCCUAGCUAUAGAAAGUUAAAAGGACUUUACCGUAGCUGGCUUUAUAUUGGAUGAAAAACAAUAGGAAUUAUUUACUCUCUUUUAUAAUUGUUAUUGAAUACUCAUGAUGGAUUCUACUUUU